AAAAAAAAAAAAAAAAAAAAAAAAACUCGACGGUGUCGAUCUCGCCGAUCAUCGGCGUUCGCGAAUCUCGAGGCGCCAGCACCGCCGCGGCACGGCGAUGAGUCGGGCGCUGCUUCGCUCCUUCGCCGUCCUCUCCCACUCCGACGUGCUUCUUCCAAAAGCGGCUUCUCCUCGCUCCCUCUUCUCCACAAGCUCGUUCCGACGCCAUGAACCUGCAAAUUUUUGGCUAUUCUUGAUUCGUCGGGGCAGCAUAAGCAUCUCGCCAAGUCGGUUUAGUUCUUCUGCAUCCCAAGGGCCGAUGGAAGCUUCUGAUUUGGCUGCCAAGAAUUGUGUUCCUUGUAAUUCGAAGGAUAUUCGUCCCAUGUCGGAAGAAUCAGCAAAUGAGCUGCUUGCACAGGUGCAAGGUUGGGGCUUGUUAACUGAAAGCGGUAUUAUGAAAUUGCACAGAUCGUGGAAGGUGAAAAAUUUUAUCCAUGGUUUGGAGUUUUUUCAGCUUAUAGCUGAUGUUGCUGAGGCACAAGGUCAUCAUCCUGACCUUCAUCUGGUUGGUUGGAAUAAUGUGAAAGUUGAAUUAUGGACUCAUUCAGUUGGAGGAUUGACGGAAAAUGACUUCAUUCUUGCUGCAAAGAUCAAUUCACUGAACGUAGAACAUCUUCUGAGGAGAAAAGCCGCUAUUUAGGAAGUUUAAACUAGUUUAUAGUUUCGCGAACUUGCUCAUAAGAUUUUGGGCAAAAAUGAUGGAAUUUUGUCUUGUUGUACUCUUUAGAAAUCCUUGUGUUUUUUCUUUUCAAGGGGCAUUUUGAUUCAUGUAGUUUGUAAUAAUAGAUGAGUGGAAGAGUGAUGAGUGGAAGAGUCCAGCUAGGGUGCUUUUAGAGGUACGAGGCAUUCGUGCUGCCAAGUUGUUUCGUUUUGUUUUAUAUGAUGGAGCUUACUGAAUCGACAAUCAGCUUUAUUAGAUAUACUAUAGAGUAUUUGAAAUAAAA